AGAGUGGUGCUGCCGGAUCGGAUCGUUACAAUCUUUGCGGAUCGGUUCGAUUCACACUUUUGUUCCUUUAGUUGCUUUAGUUUGGCUUGAUUCGUUGGUGAUUGAAAGUUCUGUUGCGUUGGCAAGGGUUGGUGUGAUUGAAUUUGAAUUUUUCGAAACAAUUCCGACCAUUCCGAAGCAGCGUGUCCUUGCACGGGAUCCGCUGCAGCUCCACACCCUCCGCUGAAGGGAAGCGAUACGAUAGCGGCGCAAAAUCGGAACACGACGGCCUGCAGUUGGGUUGUGUGCGUGUGUGCAUGACGGAUGCGUCUGAACAGCUGGCCCGAGCGAUAAAAAAAAGGAGGAAAGUGGCUACGCCUGUCGAUAAGCUCCCUUGCAUCCGUAGUCAGCUAUCGCAUUCGUUUACAAACUAAGCCGCCACCAUCACCACCACCCCCAACCCGCAGACUAUCUAUGCGCAUGAGCUGCAUCUGAACUUUGGGUUGUGAGGCCUUGUGUAGCGCCCAGUAGUCCCACAGCACCCACAGCAGCAGUCGUGUGCAGGAUGAGCGUGGAGACGCACGUUUGCCAACCGAUCCGGACCCUCCAGGAGCUGCUCGGCUUCGAGAAGUUGCCGGUGUUCUGGAAGAACUUGGUCGAACCAAUCGCGCCGCGAUCCCGGUCGCGUAACCUCGGCGAGCGCUACCAGGUGCUCGACUUCGAACCAGGACCGAUCGUCUCGGUAGCGAACGAUUCACGACCGCAGGUGCUACUGUGUCACGACUUCAAGGGCAACUACCUCAACGACAAGUACAUCAACGGUGUGCAGGGCGAGGAGAAAUGGGUUGACUAUCGCUUCUACAACUGGGCGGCGAUCGAUGUGUUCUGCUACUUCAGCCACAACUUCGUCACGGUACCCACGCUGCAGUGGCUCAACUGUGCGCACAAGAACGGCGUCAAGGUGAUCGGCACGGUGAUCGUGGAGCCGGGCAACGCGUCACUGCUGAAGGAUCUGCUCCAGUCGGACGAGUUCAUGUUCCGCGUCGUCGAGGCGCUGGUGCAGGUGGCGCGCGCCUGCCAGUUCCACGGCUGGCUACUCAACAUCGAGUGCCCCCUGGAGGCGUCCAAAGUGCAGCGGCUGUGCGACUUUGUACGGUUGCUGACGGAGCGCUGCCACCAGGAGAUACCGGACAGUAUGGUGAUCUGGUACGAUGCGAUCACCAAGGACGGUCAGCUCGUCUGGCAGAACGAGGUGAACGCCGCGAACCAGCCCUUCUUCGCGGCCUGCGACGGCAUCUUCCUAAACUACGCCUGGUCGCGAAAGCACAUGGAGCGAACCGACGCCUUCGUGCGGGCGAACUAUCCCGAGCGGCGCUUGCAGGUGUACUUCGGUAUCGACGUGUUCGGGCGCAGCAAGAAAGCGAAGAUGAACACGGACGCGACGCUCGAGGAGGUGAUCAAUGCGCCCUUCUCCGUUGCCCUGUUCGCGCCCGGCUGGACGUUCGAGUCGCAGGAAUCGUACGCCGAGCAGGAGCGGCUGGAGCCGGACGAGCGGAACGUGCGCUUUCUGCAGACGAACGAUCGGUUCUGGAACCUGCUGUGGCGCCACCUGUACGUACGGGGCCCAACCGAGCUGCCCCUGUACAGCUCGUUCUGUCUCGGUUCGGGCAAGUUCUACAACCGGCUCGGCAAAACCCAGUCCCACGAGUGCUGGUUCAACCUGGCGAAACAGAGCUUCCAGCCGACCAUCCCCUACACGCCACCGGUCGAGUUUGAGACGCGCGUCGAUGCACACUGGACGCACCACUUCGACGGUGCGCUCGACGGUGGCUCGUGUCUCAAGCUGCGCAACGACGAGCACGACCAGCGGCUGUUUGCGUGCGAUUUCGCCUGCACCAACGACCUGAUCGUCAGCUACGCCCUCCGACGCAACAACCCGACCGACGUUGAUCUGACGCUCGUACUGAAGGCGCACUCGGCGGAACGGGCCGACUGCCUGCGGAUCGUCUGUGCCGGUCCCGACUGUCACGUGGCCCGGCGACCGAACGAAAUGCGCGCCAUACCACUGCGAACGGAGCAGACACUGCAGCUGCUCAAGCUGGGCGCGCAACCCCAGCUUCCGCUCGCCGACACCAUCAACGGCUGGGAGAUCCGGUAUUACUAUCUCUCCUCGGAGCUGCUGCACAACCACACGGGCGUUCGGAUCGUCGACAUCGGCAUUAAGCUGUCCAAGGAGGGAACGGCGCAACCGGUCGACUAUGCCCUGCUCGGUGCCAUCCAUCUGCAGGCCGGCUUCCCGAACCACCGCGCAGAGAUACCGGACCGGAGCAUGCUUCUGUUUCCCGGAACCGCCCAGUGAAGGAUGUGCCAACGGUGCUAGAACAGCACCACGGCUGGCCAGUAGAUUUCCCGCGAUCAGCAAACGUUCUGGCGAAGCCAUGCUUAUCAGCGACGAUGAUUUCAUCAAAGCGGCUUUACCUCCCCCCACAUAUUAAUCCACGAUUCGUCUGCUGGGGGUCCGUCGAUGCAACUAAGUAGCGGCCGUUUUGUUUUAUCUUUGAAAGAGCAUUUCCAGUUUGUGUUUUUUUUUAUUGUUAAAUAAAUCUACCGACAAUA